AGCCACCCCCGCCCGCCCCGCGGAUGGGACUAGGGGACUUCUGGUUCUGGCCGCUGGGAACUGCCUGUCUGCCGCACUGUGGGGAUACGUGUCUAUCUGCGGGUCGGCGGAGAUCGGGUUACGCUGGCCUCGCAAGUUGGGACUGUGCCUCGGAGAGCUGAGGCUGGGCGAAUCUCCCCUCAGUGGAACUCUGUGCGGGGAUCCUUGACACACCGGUGCUCGCGACACCAUUGCGCAGCCAGAGCCUUGGUUGUUCGCCUAGCUUUGUGGAAGGAUAGCUGGACAUCGAGUGGCUUUAGCCUCAGCCUUCGGUGAGGCAGGGUCAGACGUGCAGACUCCUGGUGUACCCGCCGCACCUGGGCGGGACUCCCCACCCGCGGCCGCGUCGGCUGUACCUGCCAGCUCGCGGGCCUCUGGCCUGGCUGCGCCUCGCCACCCAGAGGCCUCUGCCGGGAGCGGGAACGCCAGACGGACUCGGAAGCCCUGGUUCCGAGGAGCCUCUUCGCCUUUCCAAGCCCCAGGGAUUCCUGGGGCCCGCAGCCGCUCUGAUGAAAGGGGUGGGGGGUGCUGCUCUUUCUCCUACCAGGGAGGACUGGCAUCGCCCCAUCACUCGCACGUCCUGAGAGGGAAAGAAAGGGCCGAGCUGGAACACAUUACAAAGCCACCAGCCGUCCAGACAGUUCCAGCCAAUUUCCGUUGCUUGUUCCUCCCGUGACACGCGCACGUGCGCGCGUGUGUACGCACGUUCUGGAUUCAAGAUGGGAAAUCAGCCUGUAAAACCUGGGAGGGUUUUUUCCCUAGUGACCCUAACCUUACAGCUGUGUCCUGUGCUUCCAGGAGCUGGUUACAGACACACAAAUGUUAAUUCUCAGGUCUCAAAAUGUGCGGCAGGAACAAAUACCUCAAGUCAGUCUGUUGGCUGUUGGGAGCAUUUGUAAAGCUUCUUUCAGUCCACAGCACGCUUUUGCUGGCGCCUACUCUGCCCAGCCCUGGCGUGGGCCCUGGGGACACUGAUGAGUCAGGCCUCACUCCUGAACCCCCUGCCCAGUGGUGGCCACACUAGUUGUGCCCUCUGCCUUGCCAAGCUGUGUGCUUUCCUGCAAGGAGCACAAUUUGGGCCAUGAUGGGCUGUGGUUGCUGCUAAACAAGGCUGUGGCCUGGACACACACCCAGGACCUUCCGUCCUUUGCUCAGGCCCUCCAUUCCCCUAGAUGGGCCUUCGCUAUAAACACUGGGUACACUGAUUUGUUUCCAAUCCUGCAGUGGCUCCCUCGGCCCUGGAAGAGUGGUCAAGUGCUUUAACUGCCAUUCUGGUGUGGAACUGUUCAGGGAUGCCCCUUCUAUCAAACAUGCCCCUGGUUCCUAUAAAUUCUCAGCCAUUUCUACUGUACCACCUCCUCCAGGUGCCCCAGCCUCUGCACUCACCUGUCAACCGGGUUGCCUGACUCCUGCACACACCUAUGUCUCUAUCUGCAAAGGGGGCUGAGAAUUGGGUGCUACUUGAAGAAGGGCAGUCAGUAGCCAUGUCAGCACACAGCCAGAUGCAGAUGAGCUGUGGAGCCACAAGCUGAGAUCAAAGGUGAUAUUUUUACAGCAACUGAAAUAGAAAACCACCGGGCGCACAGUGGGAGCCUUCCUGUUCUGUUCCACGUCUCUCUUGCUCAAGAUGUUGAAGUUAAAUGCUGGCACCAGCUGCACCCAAGCCAGGAAUCCAGUUACAUGUAAAGAGACAGAAGUCUUCCUCUCCCCAGCCUCACGAUCGAGGCUGGCCACCACAAUCAGCAGGAACAUCUGAGACCCAAUACCACCAGACUGAGUUUGGCCUGAACAGAUGAAGCUCAUUAGCUGCAUGGUCCUGAGGGGGUAAACCCCCUUGCCCAGAAUUACCCCAGACAGAGCUGCAGAGGACAUGGCAAACGAAGACCAGCUAUUCCCCGAGGAAUGGGCCUUGACAGCAGAUCCUGGAAAACAGCCUUAGACCGGAUUCUGGAAAGGCCUUGCAUCUCUUCCGGAACAGCAGGGCUUCCUCUGGAAUGGAACCAUUUAAGUGCAGGAUAUGGAGGCGUGCGCUCAGGACCAGCAGCGGUGGCCUUGCAGGCAGCGAGACUUCGGCGCUGCUCUUGCUGGGUGCGACCCCGGGCGCACCCGCCGCGCGACGAUGAGGGCGCGGCCGCAGGUCUGUGAGGCGCUGCUCUUCGCCCUGGCGCUCCAGACCGGCGUGUGCUAUGGCAUCAAGUGGCUGGCACUGUCCAAGACGCCGGCAGCCUUGGCACUGAACCAGACGCAGCACUGCAAGCAGCUGGAGGGCUUGGUGUCAGCGCAGGUGCAGUUAUGCCGCAGCAACCUGGAGCUCAUGCACACCAUCGUGCACGCUGCCCGAGAGGUGAUGAAGGCCUGCCGCAGGGCCUUUGCUGACAUGCGCUGGAACUGCUCCUCCAUCGAGCUGGCCCCCAACUACCUGCUUGACUUGGAGAGAGGGACCCGGGAGUCAGCCUUCGUGUAUGCGCUGUCGGCUGCCACCAUCAGCCACGCCAUCGCCCGGGCCUGCACCUCUGGCGACCUGCCCGGCUGCUCCUGCGGCCCUGUGCCAGGUGAGCCACCCGGGCCCGGGAACCGCUGGGGAGGAUGUGCGGACAACCUCAGCUACGGGCUCCUCAUGGGGGCCAAGUUUUCCGAUGCUCCUAUGAAGGUGAAAAAAACAGGAUCCCAAGCCAAUAAACUGAUGCGUCUACACAACAGUGAAGUGGGGAGACAGGCUCUGCGUGCCUCUCUGGAAGUGAAGUGUAAGUGCCAUGGGGUGUCAGGCUCCUGCUCCAUCCGCACCUGCUGGAAGGGGCUGCCAGAGCUCCGGGAUGUGGCUGCCGACCUCAAGACUCGAUACCUCUCAGCCACCAAGGUUGUGCACCGACCCAUGGGCACUCGCAAGCACCUGGUGCCCAAGGACCUAGAUAUCCGGCCUGUGAAGGACUCCGAACUCGUCUAUCUGCAGAGCUCACCUGACUUCUGCAUGAAGAAUGAGAAAGUAGGGUCCCACGGGACACAAGACAGGCAGUGCAACAAGACCUCCAACGGCAGUGACAGCUGCGACCUCAUGUGCUGCGGGCGUGGCUACAACCCCUACACAGACCGCGUGGUGGAGCGGUGCCACUGUAAGUACCACUGGUGCUGCUAUGUCACUUGCCGCAGGUGUGAGCGCACGGUGGAGCGCUACGUCUGCAAGUGACGGUGUGGCCGCCACCACGCAGGGGUGCAGCAGCAGCAGGGCCUGCAGGUGCCCUGUGGACCUUUCCUUUCCAAUUCCUGAUGCCAGGCGACUUGGGCUUUGCCUCUUUGCUUGGAAGCUACAAGGGAUGGAACGCCUGGUCACUCUGGAAGGAGAGCUGGACAUCAAAGGAAACCGACAAGAUUAAAAAUAACCUAGCAGCUCAGGCCCUGGAGCACCCAGGCGCCACCUUCCAGCCUGGUCCAAGGAGCCAGGUCAAGGGACUGGGAGACUGUACGGACUUGAUCUUUCCGGGCCAGCAGACCAGCCUUGGGGAACACUGCGGGGCUCUUGGCCCACCACAUGGAACCACUAGCUUGGGUUGUAAAUGUUUUUUGAUUUUUGUCUGUUUUUGUUGGUUUUUUUUUUUUUUUUCUUUCCUUUGGGGUGUGGGAGCUACAGAAAUAUUUAUAAAACAUAGCUUUUUCUUUGGGGUGGUUUACCUCAGUUCCUCUUUAUAUAUUUUAUAUAUAAAUGUAUAUAUAUAUAUAUAUAUAUAUAAUGUUCUAUAUUUUAAACAAGCUUUUUAAACAGCUGUAUAAAAUAAAUGCUGAGUGAUCCCCA